AUGACCUGGGAUAUAUACAACUUCUUCCGCUAUCUCUGGGCGAUUCCUUGGCUAUUUAUUCCGCUUCGACCUUAUGACUCCGGAAAUCUUAGUGAACUCUCGCCAACGCCUCAAAACCUCUGGUGUCUCGCCGUCCACGGCAUUCUGUUCGUCCUGCAGUUUUCGUUCAUCUGGAUUUUCGUCAACGGUGUCGGUGUCGGGGAACACUGGCUCCGGAGUAAUCUCAACCGUCUUGCCCUCACCUUCAAGCGGCCUAUAUUAGGGAUCCACAACCGGACCCUUUCUAAAGUUGUGCUCAUUCUGCAUUCCCAAGGAGGGAUAGAGGGUGGUCUGGUGGUGGACUGGAUUUUGCAGGAGCUGCCACAAGACCUUCUCUCCAAGCUCGAGGUAUAUACUUUUGGCAAUGCCGCUAAUCACUUCAACAAUCCCCACCGACACAUGGUGUCCCAGCAGCUGGCGAAGCAAGAUCCGACAAUUGCAGUGGAAACCAUGACGACGACUAUCACGCAGUCCUCGUCGCCUGCCGGCUCUCCAUCAUUGGAGAACUUUCCCGAAGGAUUGCCAAGCCAGAAUAAGAGAAACUCGAUGACAUCGAUCCAGACCAAGUCGGCAGCUCACGACCGCGCCAUCGCCCAUGUCGAGCACUACGCCCAUACAACGGAUUUCGUAGCGCUAUGGGGCGUCCUACAUUUCGCGACAUCUUCGCUGGCCGCGAAAACAGUUCCCAGAUUUAUUGGAAGAUUGUUCAUUCGCCCAUCAAAACGCGGCGGCCACCAAUUUUGCCAGCACUACCUUGACGGCAUGUUUCCGCUCGAAAGGGAUGCGAAGUCGGGGAAAUUCUUGGGGGCGGCUGAGAGCAACGAGUUCAUGGACAGCAUCGUGCAAGUCGGAAUGGAAGGAGACGUUUCGAGGAAUUCAAGGGAGGCGUUCGCGAUGAGCUGGCUCGGCAACGACGGAUUCGGUAGCGGUGAUAUUCUGGAUGGAGUCGACGUCCACGGCAACGGAGAGGCAAUCGACCAUAAAAGGGAGAUCAAAGUCAAGGACCUUAGUCGGUUGUGGCUUUACAGAAACGGCCGCAGUCCGGACGAUUUACCGCCCAUCUUCCUCGCCGAACCGCCAUUGAAAAAUACCGAUGAUGAGGACUAA